GUUAUAUAAUUAGCUCUCAAUUCUCAACUCUCAAUCUCCUCUCAGCCUCUGUUGCUCCUUCCUCCACAAACACAAAUUUAUAACACAAAAGCUAUGUCCAAAUUCCCACAAGCAAACACCUAUAACUAGAUAAAAACCCUAACUGUUCCAUCCCAUCGCCAAUAUCCACCACACGUCGUUUCAAACAAACAGCACAACACACAAGGCUUUUCUCCGUAUCAUCACCCUCCUUUUUUGCCUCUAAACAUAGCACACUCUUCCAUGCACAUUAAAGCAACAGCUCCUCAAUCUAUGAAAACUGAAAUAAGACCAAACACUAUGUCCAUUCCUCUGCACAACCCCAGUCUCUUCAACGCCACUCCAAAUUCUAUUCCAAGAGCACUUAGAGGGUGUCUUGGUAGCCUCGACGGAGCAUGUAUAGAGAAGCUUUUGCUUCACUGUGCUAGUGCCUUAGAAAGUAACGACGUCACUUUAGCCCAGCAAGUGAUGUGGGUGCUCAAUAAUGUCGCUUCAUCAGUUGGUGAUCCAAACCAAAGGCUCGCCUCAUGUUUUUUAAGGGCACUCAUCUCUAGGGCAUCAAGUGUUUGCCUUACCACGAUGAAUUUCAAUAGUAGCGGUACAAUUCACAGAAGGCUUAUGAGUGUCACUGAGCUAGCCGGGUACGUUGAUGUAAUCCCUUGGCACCGAUUUGGCUUCUGUGCGUCAAAUAGUGCCAUUUUAAAGGCAAUUCAAGGGUAUUCAAGAGUCCACAUAUUAGACUUCAGUAUCACUCACUGUAUGCAGUGGCCUACUCUCAUAGAUGCCUUGGCUAAAAGGCCUGAAGGGCCUCCUUCACUCAGAAUUACAGUGCCUUCUUACAGGCCGCUAGUCCCUCCCUUGCUCAAUGUAUCAGCUGAAGAAGUUGGCCUCCGUUUGGGAAAUUUCGCCAAGUACAGGGAUGUUCCCUUCGAAUUUAAAAUAAUCGAUGUCGACGCAUCUUCUUGUAAGGACUCCUCUGCAUUUCCUUUUGAAUCAGUAUUAAGCCAUUUGACUCCUUCUGAAUUGAACCUUAGGAACGAUGAGGCUUUGGUAGUAAACUGCCAAAAUUGGAUACGAUAUUUGUCCGAUGAAACAAUUGGAAGUGCUCAUGAAGAUGCUUCUUUGCGAGACACUUUCUUAGAUAUAAUUAAAGGGCUUAAUCCUUGUAUCAUGAUUGUGGUUGAUGAGGAUUCUGAUUUAAGUGCAUCUAGUUUGACUUCAAGGAUCACUACCUGCUUCAAUUACCUAUGGAUUCCCUUUGAUGCCUUAGAAACUUUCUUGCCUAAGGAUAGUCACCAAAGGCUAGAGUAUGAAUCAGAUAUAGGACACAAGAUAGAAAACAUUAUAAGCUAUGAAGGGAUUCAAAGGGUAGAGAGGUUAGAAUCUGGGGAAAAAAUGUCUCAAAGGAUGAAAAAUGCAGGGUUUUUCAGUAUCCCAUUUAGUGAAGAGACUAUUAGGGAGGUGAAAUUCCUGCUAGAUGAGCAUGCUAGCGGUUGGGGGAUGAAGAGAGAAGACGAUAUGCUUGUGCUCACAUGGAAGGGCCACAACUCAGUAUUUGCCACAGCUUGGGUCCCAAAUGGGUUGGAGGAUUAAAUGGGUGUCGACUUAAGUGGGUUGAGAAGGUCCUACCAUGCAUAAGAGAUUGGCUUGUUUCACUUUAGUGGUCCGUGAUGAUGAAGGCAAAGACAAAAUAGGGUUUGCUUUUUAAUCUUUGUCAAAAGGCUGCAAAUGAGCAUGAGACAAGAAGAAAAGCGGCAGAAUUUUGGGUAUAACUUCAUCAUAAGCUAGCUCUCGCGGAAUUCACACGAAAGGCAAAAAGCGCAUGCAUAUCCUGUCUUUCUAUUGGACAAAAAUCUCCAUCACUUUAUUUCCAAUCUCUAUUUGCUUUUGUUUCAAGACCUUCCAAAGUCGCCAACUAGAUAGCUAGCUAGCGCUUUCCUAUUCUCAGUAGUCUCUAAUUAAUAAGCAUGCACUACUCAAUAUCUUCUUUUAUAAGUAGUAUUCUAUUCAAAGCAGCUGUUUGGUAACAUCAGAUCUAGAAGUGGAAUUUAGUUGACUCUGGUA